AUGAUCUUCAAUCCGCGCUAUGACCGCCUCGCUCCAGCCUCAGCUUGGAUACCACUCCUCUACGACCCGACGAUCAUCGCAUUUGUGAUUGCGCGUACCCUUCCAGGAAGCAAAGGCAAGGCUACCUUCGCGGUGAUCGGCACUAUCGCCUACUACAGCGUCGUCUUUGCCGUGACCUUCACUCUGACGCUCAUGAUCGCCUUCGCGGAUCCCGGUAUCAAGAAUAUCUGCGCGCAACUUGAGCUUUGCCUGACGUCCGUGAUGAUGUCCCGAAUCACGCUCGCGCUCAAGCGACAUCUCGUCGACAUCACGCCAAUCCUCUCGAGUGGGGCGCAGUAA